AUGGGGGCAAUCAAAUGGCGGAAAAGGACCGACUGGUCAAAGAAGCUAUAUGACGCGUUGUGGGCAUACUGCACGGCGUACAAAACCCCUAUUGGGACUUCUCCUUAUCGGUUAGUCUUCGGCAAGGCUUAUCAUCUACCUUUAGAACUGGAACACAAAUCCAUGUGGGCUUUAAAAAUGUUGAACUUGGAUUGGGAUGAAGCUGCAAAUUUGAGGUUAACACGACUCAAUGAAUUGGAGGAAUUCCGUUUCCAUGCAUAUAAAAGUGCAGCUGUGUACAAAGAAAGGAUGAAGUUCGUCCACGACAAAAAGAUCCUGAAAAGGGAGUUCAAGUCAGGUGACUUGGUUUUGCUCUUCAACUCAAGGCUCAAAUUGUUUCCGGGCAAGUUCAAAUCGAAAUGGUCUGGUCUAUUCAAGGUGGUAGAUGUAUCCCCUUUUGGAGCUAUGGAAUUAGAAUCGGAGGAUGGGCUCCGAACCUUCAAAGUAAAUGGUCAGCGAGUCAAGCACUACUUGGUUACAGAUGGAGAAAACACUUGGUGGAACAGUUGA